AUGGUCGUCUCAAACCUCACCAUCGUCCAAGAAGCAUGGUUUCAAAAGCAGGCCCUAGUGGAGAAUCUCUUUCAAAGCGGCGAAUUGCAGCCCGUGCUGUUGCAUCAUGCCCUUCUCUUAACCAUUCCACCAUUUGUGGCCGCCAUGAUCCCGUCACACUCAGUUCCGUGCAUCCGGAAAAUACGGCUCUUCGCAUAUCUUUGGACGGUUGGUAUGGGAUUCUGGAUUCUGCAAAAUUGCCGGGCCUCAUACUUUGCAAAUGGUUUUUGGCUUGGAUUGAUGGUGGCGUCUUUUGCUUGUCGUUGGGCGUCCCUAUUGGUUUUCCGAGAUGUAGAGACGGAUUUUCGCCGAAUCGAGCGUCAUACUGUUGCAGUACAGAGAAUGACGGAUCUCCUAACCCUCGCUGAUGGCAAUGACUCUCGGAGCAAGAAUAAUAACGAGAAGGAACAGAAUCGUGCAUCGGAGUGGAACGCGCGCCAGGGAGAACGGGAGGUUUUCCAGUGGCAGGGAUAUCCUCGGAACUUCUGGCAUCGGGUUAGCUGGAUCUUCUGCCUUUCUUUCAGCCAUCGAGGCAGCGCCUGGAACUGGCGCAGUAAAUCCUCUCCGCCGCUCCCAAAGCCCCUGCUCGAGCAGCUUGCAAAACACCCAGAUGACCCCAUGGAUAUCGGGGAUGUACCGUUCCAGCCCGCCAGCGUCCUUUCUGCUUUUGCAGUAGUCUGUAAAGCCUACAUUCGAUUUCGUCUCUUUAAGCUGGUGGCAAUGGGUGAUCCAUACUUCUGGGGCGAAAUCGACUCUGACAUGCCCCUUCCGGGGACCUCCAUCGCGCUUCCUGCAACUUCGAGUCUCGUCCGCGGCUAUCGCACCUUCCUAUGCACGUUUGCUGCUCACACUGCGAUGACUUUCGUGCAUGCUAUUGUCUGUUUCUACAUUAUACUGUUGGCGUAUAUUUCCCCGAAGCUCUCGAACCUUCUACUUCUCCAACCAGCCGAUCAAGCCUGGCUCUACCCCAGUCUCUUCGGACCCUUCUCGGCAGUCUUUGAUCGCGGCCUCGCCGGAAUGUGGGGAACGUGGUGGCACCAGUACUACCGAUUCGAUUUCUUGUCGUGCUCGAAAUGGAUUAUGCAGUUUCUUCCACUGCUGGUCGUAAGAUCCAGGGUAGCUCACGGCCUCGUGCAAACGGUGAUAGGCUUUGCUGUUUCGGGACUCGACCACGGGCUCGGGAGUUACACGGCGAUUGCCGACACGAGGCCGCUGACAGGGACGGCCUUGUUCUACGGGUUACAUGCAGUGGGGGUCAUUGUUCAGGGGCUUUGGAGUACGUUCGUUGCUUGGAGGCUGCCGUUUUAUCGGCGCAUACCGCCGAGGUUUCUCAGAUGGGCGAAUGUCGUCGUCGCCCUUGGGUAUUUCCACCUUACGGCUCCGUUGAUGCUUGAUGAUUACGCUCGCUGUGGGAUCUGGCUGACGGAGCUGGGUCCUCUAAGCAUUCGGUGGAAUGCGUUACUAUCAGGUGGCGAUACAUGGUUUGACUGGGAUUCGAAUGUGGUGCAACUGUGGCGGGGGAAAAGCUGGUGGACUAGUGGGAUCCGGAUCUUGUAA